AUCUUAUAAAUCGAUCAUCCCUCAUACCCAAGUACAUCGAUUUAGAGUCAUAGAGAAGAAGAUGGUAAAUCUCCUCCAAAUGCUGGAACUGAAACUGAAUGAAACCUUCUCAGUCCUGCUGCAACCCUUUUCCCUCAGAUAUUUACUACUUCUGGCCAUUUUCCUCAUUCUGUUUUACAGAUGGUCUUCUUCUUAUACCAAAUCAUCAUCUGUACCACCAUCUCCACCAAAGCUGCCUGUGAUUGGAAAUCUCCACCAACUAGGGUUGCUCCCUCACCACUCUCUUCAAACCCUUGCACAACGCUAUGGGCCUGAUCUAAUGCUCCUUCAUUUCGGAAGUAGGCCGGUCCUUAUUGUCUCGUCUACCGAGGCUGUCUCCGAGAUCUUCAAAAACCAUGACCUCACCUUCUCUGAUAAACCCAAGUAUAUCUUCGUAGAGAAGCUUAUGUACAAUUACAAGGACAUCUUGACGGCACCUUAUGGUGACUAUUGGAGGCAGGUGAGGAGUUUAUGCGUCUUAAAUCUGUUGAGCAACAAAAGGGUCCGUUCGUUUCGUGCUGUGAGACAAGAGGAAACGAAACUCAUGAUGAGCAACAUUGAACAGUCUUGUAGUACUGAAACAUGCUCCUCCUCGUCAUCAUCAUCGGUUUUGAAUUUAAGCGAAAUGUUUAUGAAGCUUACUAAUGAUGUCAUUUGUAGAGUCGCUAUGGGUAGGAAGUACAGCGAUCGGGAGGAAGGUCGUGGGAGGAUGUUUAUGGAGCUUUCUACAGAGCUGUCAGAUUUGUUCACAAAGGUCAAUAUUGGUGACUAUAUCCCAUGGCUUGCUUGGUUCACCCGUGUGAAUGGUUUAGAUGCAAAACUAGAUGAUCUGGCUAAGCGGAUGGAUGCCUUCAUUGAUAUGGUUAUCCAAGAGCAUAUGGAUAAAUCAAACAAUGGAAAUGAUGGUGAUGAUAACGAGGACAAAAAGGAUUUGGUGGAUGUUUUGCUUUCAGUUCAGAAAGAAAAUGCACUUGGUUCUCCUAUUGAUCGAGUUAGCGUAAAGGCUAUCAUCCUGGAUAUUUUUGUGGGUGGCACUGACACCACAUCUACCGCACUAGAGUGGGUAAUGUCUGAACUUUUAAGAAAUCCAGGGGUGAUGAAGAAAUUGCAAAAUGAAGUUAGGGGCAUAGUUGGAAAUAAAAAGAACGUAACUGAGGAAGAUUUGGUUGGAAUGCCCUACUUGAAGGCAGUAACCAAAGAGAACUUUCGCUUACAUCCUCCAGCUCCGUUACUAUUGCCUAGGAUGUGCAACAAAGAUGUGAAAAUUAAAGGUUACGACAUUAAGGCUAAUACACAAGUUAUGAUUAACGCAUGGGCGCUUGGAAGAGAUCCUAAAUCAUAUACAAAUCCGGAGCAGUUCAAGCCAGAAAGAUUCUUGAAUAGUACCAUAGAUUAUAAAGGGAAUAACUUCGAAUUAAUGCCAUUUGGUACUGGCAGACGAGGCUGCCCUGGAAUUCAGUUUGCUACGGUUCUUGAAGAGCUUGUUUUGGCAAAUAUUGUGCAUAAGUUUGACUGGGCUUUGCCUCAUGGUGCAAAAGAAGAUGAUUUAGACAUGACUGAAACUGCAGGCACAACUGCCUGCAGAAAAUAUCCUCUUAAGGCAAUUGCUACUCUAUUUUGAGGUGGAUUCCUAAGAGAGAUUUUCUUUUUAGGCAAAGUUGUCAAAUUACUUCGUACUUCGCCACAAACUGUAAAAUUUUCCUUCAUGUUUAUUUCUAUAACCAUGUCUAUAUUAAACUGUUAAACCAUGUCUAUAUUAAACUGUUAGUUCAUAUUCUCAAGCCAAUUUCAUCAUUUUGUUUCAAUUACAAUGGAGAAGAUUGUAUACACCGACAGUGUAAGUGCACUGUCAGUUAUUUUAAUCUAAAAAAAAAUAACAAUCACUCAUUUAAUCACACCCCUUUAUAUAUUUUAAGGACAAUACUUCGCUGACCAGGGCUGGUCAGCCAGUGCUAACCAUGGCUAUCGUGGCUCUCUCAAAGCCCAACACGUGUGUUUUUUUUUUUUUUUUUCUCCAUCUGAAUGGAGUGAAUUCCUUCUCUUCCUCCAGCUCUCUUCUUCCUUCUCAAAUCCUAAGGAAAAUCCACAAUUGCUAUCCAAACCCAAACAAUCUACUCCAAGGCCAGCCCAGGAAUCCAAACUAGAAAUGAAGAAAGAAGGCAAAGAUUCAGCGCGCAGCAGGCACCGAUAGCGAAGAAACUGUUCGUGGUGGCCGGAGUCGAGCAGUGGCCGGAGUCAAAGAAACUGACACUGAUGGCAGAACCCUUUAUGCUUCUUCUUUCUUGUUUGAUCUCUUCCCCUUUGCUUGUUUCUUUGCCCACAGACCCUUCUUGUGAUUAUGAUCAUCACCAUCCAUUGAUUUUGGAUUUGGGAUUUGAUGAGGGACAGAGGAAGAAUGGAUCUGAUAUUCUGAUGGCCGAGGAAGAAGAGAAGGAAUUCAGCUGUUUGUGUUGUUGUGUGUUUGGGGAGAACACGUGUCGAUCUGCGAAAAAGCCACAUCGUGGUUGGUUAGGAUGGGCUGACCAGGGCUGG